GCGUGGCGUGGCGUGGCCAUCUUAGACGCCUCUCGCCGAUGUACUCCUGCCGCAGCGACCGGGACCGCACGGGCGAGGCGGAGCGAGCCCUUGCCUUUAGCGCCCAGUACCAGCCAUGCAACACGGCGACGACGACCUGGGCGCCCGUGCACAUGCAGGCCGCCGGCCAGGUCGACCCAUCGGACGCGCAGCAGCUGCCGCCGCGGCGCCCGAGGAGGAGGCACUCGACCUCGGCGUCGCGCCGGUCGUCCACCACCGUGGUGGCCACCGACGUGUCCAACUUCCGCGCCAAGGUUCAGGAGCUCACCGGCUUCCCGCCGGCCGCCAUCUUCCGGCCGCAGCCGCGUCGAGCCCACGCCACCGCCGCCAGCCACUCCCUGCUGGCCGCCGCGCACGGGUGCGGCGCCGGUGUUGGCCCAGCCCCAAUCGCCGAGUUCUUUCCGACGUUGACGAAGACGAUCCGGCGAGACGUGACCUGCACACGCACAGCAAACAAGCCAAAACAGCAGCAAUCCACGUACGAUCAGCUAGCUCCAACUCACGCACACGGAAAAACAAUGUAUCGCCACAGGCCCGUAUCGAGCCUGUUGUUUUUCGUAUUGAUUCUCGAUGUGGUGUUACAAGCCUAGCUAUUACAUAGAUUAUAUAGUACCUAGACUAGCUAACCGACUCGGGGCACAACUCCUAGAUCAGAACGGAACACGUACACUACUCGUAUACGUACGGCACACGUCGCCGUGCCGGCGACGGAGUGAUUAUCGCUAACAAUCACCCCCCUAAGCACGA